ACUGUAGCUGGUGUCACAUCCAUUUCUGAUUUAGUGGGAAUUGUAAAAUCGCAAACAUGGAUCUGGGCGAUGCCAAUCUGCGACCUUUGAGCGUUCUCGGCAGCGGCUCCUUUGGCCGUGUUUUUCUGUGCUUACAACGCGAAGGCUGCCGACAGCGCAAGGUCUGCGUGAAACGCAUUAUUAUGCGUAAUGCGAAAACUGAAUUGCCUCUGAUCAAGGAGGAGAUCUAUAUCAUAUCACAGCUGCGUCAUCCGCACAUUGUGCAAUUUAUACGUCACUUUAUGCACGCGGGCACCGUCAACAUUGUCAUGGAAUAUGCUCCCAAUGGAACCAUGCGCAACGUCAUCGAACGGACGCGUUCUCGAGGCGGCGGCUUGGAACAAUCCCGGCUGUUGCGAUACUUCACUGACAUGAUCAUGGGGUUGGAGUAUUUGCACAUACGUCAUGUGAUACAUCGAGACAUCAAGCCGGAGAACAUGCUGCUGGAUGCCAAUGAUCGUGUCAAGUACGCCGACUUUGGCAUCUCGAAUAUUCACACUCCGGCCAAACAAUUGCCCUGGCAGGUGAUUGGCACACCGCUCUACAUGGCGCCCGAGAUAAUGUGCGGCGGCAAGUGUGAUUUUAAAUCAGAUGUCUGGUCGUUGGGCCUGGUGAUCUACGAACUGUGCAUUGGCCGUAAUCCCUUCAUAAUGCUGCUCGAUCAGAACGCACGCUUCGAUCAGGUGCACAGUGUGAUUAAGGCCAUGUCACGACCCAAACUCGAUUGCCAGCUGAUGCGACAACGCUACGAUCCGAUCUGGCGACGAAUCUGUGAGUCGAUGGUUGUCUACGAUCAUGAGAAACGUAUCUGCCUGCCCGAUCUGUUCUGCAUGGAUCCCUUCAUCACGCUGACCAUCUACAAGCAGUACUUUAACUAUAAAUACUAAAUCUAAGCUACCUACAAAAUGAGAAAUUAGUCCUAGGCCGGGAUCUUUCCGAUUCACUUCAUAAUGUUGACCAUCUAUAAGCCGUACUUAAAUACUAAAUCUAACCUCCCGUCCAUGUCUUAUAUAUUUGUAGUAACUGUUUUUUGUGAUCCGUGCAACAAU